CCCCCGCGGUGGCCCGAGGGUUGGGGCCGAGGGUCGUGGGCCAUCCGAGCAGUGCGACCUGCAAAGACGCAGCCCCCGCCUCCAGACCGGGGUCUCGGAGGGGGCACUCUUGCGUUCCUGGGAAGCCAGGGCUCCUGGUGGUCCCGGAUGGGGGGGACCAACGCCGAAGGGCCUCAGACAAGCUGUCGGCGCGUAGCGUUCCUGCAAAACGGCUUCCGCGGAAAGGGACCUUCGGGAAAUUUCUCUGGACAUCGCUGAAAUUAACAAACCUAGUGGCCCCCGGACCCUUACGGAUUUCCUGGCAGGUGGAUUUCGAGGCAACAUGUCUGCUUCUAUGAAAGAAUGCCUGCAGCUUCAGCUGCUAGAGAUGGAAAUGCUGUUUUCUAUGUUUCCUAACCAAGGAGAAGUAAAACUUGAAGAUGUCAAUGUCCUGACGAAUAUAAAGAGAUAUUUGGAAGGCACCAGGGAGGCGCUGCCACCCAAAAUCGAAUUUGUGAUUACCCUGCAGAUUGAGGAGCCCAAGGUGAAAAUUGAUUUGCAAGUAACCAUGCCUCACAGCUACCCCUAUGCAGCACUGCAGCUGUUUGGACGGUCGUCGGAGCUUGACAGACAGCAGCAGCUACUUCUCAACAAAGGUCUCACUUCCUACAUAGGGACUUUCGACCCAGGUGAGCUCUGUGUAUGUGCAGCAAUCCAGUGGUUACAGGACAAUAGCGCCUCCUAUUUCCUGAACAGAAAGCUUGUUUACGAACCAUCUACCCAAGCAAAGCCAGUCAAGAACACAUUCCUCCGAAUGUGGAUCUACAGUCACCAUAUAUAUCAACAGGACCUAAGAAAAAAGAUUUUGGAUGUCGGGAAAAGGUUAGAUGUGACUGGAUUUUGCAUGACAGGAAAGCCAGGCAUAAUCUGUGUGGAGGGCUUCAAAGAGCACUGUGAGGAAUUCUGGCACACAAUUAGGUAUCCCAACUGGAAGCACAUUUCCUGUAAGCACGCUGAAAGUGUUGAAACCGAAGGAAAUGGAGAGGAUCUGCGCCUUUUUGAUUCUUUCGAAGAACUACUCCUUGAGGCCCAUGGGGACUAUGGAUUAAGGAAUGACUAUCACAUGAAUCUGGGCCAAUUCUUAGAAUUUCUAAAGAAACACAAAAGUGAGCAUGUUUUCCAGAUACUUUUUGGUAUUGAAAGUAAAAGUUCAGACUCUUAGGAAGCUAUUAAGAGGCCGAUGCUUCACUAAGUCAGUAUUUCUGUCAAUAAGACCAAAACAAAAGGGCCAGUGGCUAGGUAGCGUCAUCUGUGAGACACCUAGCUCCAGAAUUUUUACCUGGUGAUGAAACACAAAGGCCUUUAAACUUUAUAACAGUGCAAUUGUGAUGUUACCUCUCUGUUCUUGUGUUAACUGAAAAGUAUUUAAUUGUACACUAAUAAAAAGUCAAUUUAACCAGUG